AUGUCUACUGCAAGCGGACACACCACCAACUCCAACCACAUCUUGGCCCAACUCAAGCAGCAGAUCGACGCGCUGGAGAAGAAAGUCAACGACCAAGACUGUGAGGACGACAUCGAGCAGUGUGAGACACAGAUCAAGGGAAUGUCAGACGAGAUUCGAGCUUUGAAAGCACGGACCGGAGAUACACGAGCAUCAGUCAAGAUUAGGACACCCGACACCUUUAAAGGAGAACGACACAAGCUAGAGCACUUCUUAAGUGAAUGUGACAUCUACCUAGCCACCAAAGCAGGACUUACCGAAGUUGAGAAGGUGAUCUUUACUGGAUCAUACUUACGAGACACCGCAGCUACAUGGUUCAAACCCAUAUUGGAAGACUGGAUCAAUACCCAGGGACGACCCAAGGUCUAUGCCGAAGUUUUGGGAAGUUACCCGAAUUUUAAGACCGUGAUCAGACAGUUCUUUGGAGACACGGAUCGCAAACGAACACUUGAAAGGAAACUCGCUAGCCUACGACAGACCAGGGACGCAGCUCAGUUCGCAGCACAACUACAACAACUAUGCCAGGAACUUGAGAUUCACGACGAUGACAGAAAGAUGGCUAUAUUCGAACAAGGACUUAAGCCAGAGACUCAAUACGAAACAAUCAAAAUGGGACCCUACACGAACUACAGCAAAAUGGUUGAAAUGGCGGUACGACUGGACAAUCAAUUAUACAACUUGCGGAACCUACGACAAGGAAAAGCAACCUUUUGGAAAGGAACGAAUCAACGGAGCACGAGUAAGAGAGACAACUAUGGACCAAUGCCAAUGGAACUCGACGCUACCACAAAGAAACCCUAUGACAAAGAAAAGAAUAUGAGAUGCCGACGACAGAAGUUAUGUUUCUAUUGCGAGAAACCUGGACACCAAAUGAAGGACUGCAAAAAGAAGCAGGGAGAUACAGGGAAAAGCCUGAACGCUACCACUACGUCUAGGACUAGUAGCCAGCAGGAUACGCACCACCAGAACGCUAAGAGAUAUCUGUGCGCGACAGCAAGAACGUACUUACAAGUACCGGAUCAGAACUCAGACAGCGAUUACGAGGCUAACUACCAACGAAUGGAGAGCCAAUGGAGUAAAUCUGACGAACAGAUUGCACAUGGAGACAAGCCAACGUUACAAAGACAAAACGCGACGUUAGGGCAAGAAUGGAGAUACCUGGAAAGACACAGAAGGGAACGAAGUCAAAGAGAUACCCUACCUACCGAUCAAGAACACGACUUAACAACAGGAUCUAACCAAGGAAUUAUGACCCCGGAACGAACCGACUCAGAGGAAGAUACGGAAUCCGAGGAUGAUCAAGAAAUACCCGAGUCAGAACAAGAAGACCACGAAUGGGAAAACGCACUACCACGAAUUGAGGAGGAACCACGAAUCAAAGACAGCCUCAAGGAAUGCAUGAACGAUUUAGGAGAAGAACAUUGGACGGUAUGUGAACAAAAGGGCAUUUGCUUUGUACACAACAUGAAAAAGCAAAGAGAGGUCUCUGACCCAGCUCAUCCAUGCCACGACGAAUACGACUGGGAUUGUCAUUGCGAAUAUCACAUAUUCAAGGAAACAUGGAAGUACGGAAGAAGACUUCACCACGACAACUGCCUACAAUGCCCAGGAUGCAGAAACAACAAAGAUAUCCACUGGAGAUACUGCAAGGACAACGAAUGUCUAGUACAUGACAAGUACCAGGGAUGGAUCGAUGGAAAAAGUAUCAGCAUAACAGAUGAAGAAAAUAUCACACCACACGAACAUUUGGAGAUUCGAUACUGGAAGAAAGAACGAAAAGUGAAAGUUCUAUACCAAGGACAUAUGGCGGAAUUUACUAGCAACACGACAACGCGAUACUGGCUCGAUACUACCAGACUGCUACGAGUACAGUUACAACUACAGAAGCAACAGCGAGAACUAGCGGCACGAAUGCAACAAGAAGCAAGCCUUGAAAGUUCAUCUAGCGAAGAAAGCUCGUCAAGCGAAGACGAAUGGAAUGAAACAUGCGAAUCUAUCGAACAGAUUCAGGAACAACAGACUCAUGAUCAAGAUACCCAAACGAUAACGGAAGGUCGACAGACGUUAAAAGGCAGGCCGAGUCUAGCGGCAAUUGUGGGAAAUCACCUGGUGAUAGUGGCGAAAUUGGCAGGGAAAUAUGCGCAAGCCCUAGUCGAUUCUGGAGCCACUGGGAACUUCAUUGACUCACGAUAUGUGAAGGAGUCAGGGAUAGCCACACGCAAAAAGGAAGAACCAUACCAGCUCAACGGGCUAAACGGAGAAUGGGCCAACAUCGUGAACGAGGAAACCACUGACAAGGAUCAAGGUCAGAUACUGGGCAUGGCGCCCCAGGUCGAAACGGGAACUACGAAAACUGCAAGUGAUCGAUCAACAAAAGAAGAGCAGAGAACGGUUCACCGAGAGCAGGAUGCUACCGAAUUGGAUAAGUUACGACAACAGAUACCCCAGGAAUACCACGAUAUGAUAGAAGUAUUCAGAGAACGAGAACCAUCGGAAAGCUUGCCAGAACAUCAGGCAUGGGAUCAUGAGAUACCUUUGAAGGAAGGUAUGGAGCCUACACACAAACCUACGUACAGGUUGACAGGGACCGAACUCGAGGAGUUGCGGCAAUACAUCGAUAAAAACUUAGAAAAAGGAUACAUACGCGAAUCAACAUCACCGGCAGGAUACCCAAUCAUCUUUGUACCAAAGAAAGAUGGAAGUUUACGACUAUGCGUGGAUUACAGACAACUAAACGACAUUACGAUUAAGAACCGAUACCCCUUACCACUAAUCGAUGAAAUACAAGAUCGACUCAAGGGAACCACAUGGUUUACGGCACUGGAUAUACGAGAAGCAUACUAUCGAAUACGAAUCAAAGAAGGAGAAGAAUGGAAGACUGCAUUCAGAACAAGAUUUGGACUCUACGAAUACCAGGUCAUGCCUUUUGGAUUGACAAACGCACCAGCAACGUUCCAAGCAUUUAUCAACAAUGUACUACGCGAAUAUUUGGAUAUAUUUGUGAUAGUCUACUUGGACGACAUCCUUAUCUUUACAAAAGAAGAUCGAAGAGACCACACGGAAAAGGUUAGAUUGGUACUACAGCGACUACAAGAGUACAAUCUACACCUCAAAGCAUCGAAAUGCGAAUUCUACAGACAAGCAGUGAAAUUCCUCGGACACAUUAUAUCAACGAUAGGAAUCCAGAUGGACCCGGACAAGACUAAAGCAAUUGAAGAAUGGCCAACACCGACAUCAGUGAAGGAAGUUCAGCAGUUUCACGGACUAGCGAACUACUACCGACAAUACAUUCACCGAUUCUCAGCAUUAGCGAAACCGCUUACGGAUCUAUUCAGAAAAGGAAAAGACUUCAUAUGGGGAAGUAAAGAAGAAUCGGCAUUCAAAGAACUAAAAGAAAAGUUCCGACAAGGAGACAUGCGAUUACACUUCGACCCGAAUAAGGAAGCAUAUGUCGACACAGACGCAUCAGACUGCGCUAUAGGAGCCAGAUUACAACAGAAAGACGAAGACGGAAAAUUACGACUAAUAGCAUGCUAUGCUAGAACAAUGACACCGGCGGAACAGAAUUAUGAUAUCCAUGACAAAGAACUGUUAGCAAUAGUUGUUGCAUUCAAGAGAUGGAAACAAGAAUUGCAAGGAACCAAACACCGAGUCACAGUGAUAAGCGAUCACCAGAAUCUGACAUACUUCACGACAACGAAAGAGUUGACUCGACGACAAUCAAGAUGGUAUACAGAAACCUUGGCAUACUACAACUUCAGAAUACAACAUUGCAAAGGAACAGAGAACGCUUUCGCAGACGCGCUAAGCAGAAGACCGGAUUUAAUGACAAAACGGCGAGAACACAGAGCAAUCUUACGUCUAGACCCAGAUGCCAGUGACAUGGUCUUGGACACACAAGCAUUGAGGGCCACUAGGAUAGUCACAUCCGAUGCGGACACUCUGGAAGCUGAGGUACAGAAGUACUCAGAACGAGACCCCUUAGUUGGAAGGCUCUCGGGCUCAAGUGAGCAUUACAGACAAGAGAAUGGUUUACUCUUAUACCAGGGAUUGAUAUAUAUACCCAAGGAAGUACGACAACGAGUACUAAAGGAAAGUCACGACAAUUUGAGUGCAGGACACUUUGGAAUUGAAAAGACUAUGGAACGAAUUACGAGAUCUUAUUAUUGGCCAGGAAUGUGGAAGGAUAUCCGAAGAUACAUACGAGAAUGCGACACAUGCCAAAGAAAUAAGGAUAAUCGACACGCACCUUAUGGACUACUACAACCGAUACCACACAAGGAUGCACCAUGGAAAUCUAUAGCGAUGGAUUUCAUUACGAAACUACCGAAAUCGAAAGAGCCACGAACGGGCAUACAAUACGACACGAUAAUGACGAUUACGGAUCGACUGACGAAGUACACCUACUUCAUUCCUUUUGUUGAAAAAACGACAGCACCGGAUACGGCAUACAUACUCCUGAGACAAGUAUUUGCGAAUCACGGACUACCAGACGAAAUUAUAUCAGACAGAGAUACGAGAUUCAUGAGCAAGUUUUGGAUGACACUUACCGAACGAAUGGGGAUUGAACAGAAAGCGUCUACGGCGUAUCACCCUCAAACUGACGGACAAAGUGAACGAAUGAAUCAGACUGUGGAACAAUAUCUGAGAUGUUACAUCAACCAUGAACAGAACAAUUGGGUUGAAUUACUACCAAUGGCACAGCUCGCCUACAACGGAGCUAAGGCAGCCUCGACAGGCAUAACACCUUUCUUUGCAAAUUACGGAAGAGAACCGGAAACGAUAAAAAUACCCAGAAAAGCGAAGACUCACGCACGAGAAGCGGAGAUAUCGGCAGAAAAACUACGAUUACUACACGAAAAUAUGAAAAGAGAUUCGGAAUUCUUGAGUUACAGGAUGAGUAACUACUACGACAAGCAACGCAUGGAAGCGCCAACCUUUGAAAGGGGAGAGAAAGUAUUCCUACUACGGCGGAAUAUCAAAACAUUGAGACCAAACGACAAACUGGAUCAUCGAAAAAUCGGACCAUUCAAGAUUUUGGAGAAAACCGGACAAGUUAACUACAAACUCCAACUACCGGAACAUAUGAAAAUACACCCAGUAUUUCACGUCUCAUUAAUCGAAAAAGCACCCCAGAACGCCAAACCAUACGAACCAGAAAUCCAACAAGAAAACCAAGAACAAGAAUACGAAGUGGAAAGAAUCCUAGACGAGAAAAGGAUUAACGGAAAGAUUCACUACUUAGUGAAAUGGAAAGGCUACGACGAUUCAGAAAACACUUACGAGCCUAUGCGGAACCUUCAGAACGCGACUCAGGCGAUUGAAAAGUACCACCAGAGGAGAGAUUCUCAAGAAGAGCCUCGAGAGAAGGAUCACGAGAAGAGGAGGAGCCCAAAACGGCCUCGUCACGCUGACGAUUCCACGAAGACAAGCGGCCAACGCAGGCGCAGUUCUUGCGAAGACAAGAGGAACAACUUUUACUGGAAGAAUCCAUCACAAGGCACGGAGUCGAAGAAAAGAAGCAGCUAUCACAAGAGAACUCUGCCAAGGAACCAUAUUGGUCAAUAA